GCAGGGACAAUAGACUAGACCGAAGGGAGACUCCGAGAACGCAUCCUAGUUCGAGCAGAAGCCCAGACGCAACGAUGCACGGAAAGAGCGUGGUCCUUCGCAGCUCAGGGAACCUGGCCGCAGCUGAGCUGAGCUGCCAGGUAUCCGAGAGAGACACAUCCCGGAAGGAAUCUUUCAGUGCGGAAUGGAAGGACCUCUCACUCACCGCUAGGCCUGAGGAAGGCUGGUCUCGGUUUGAAGCAGACAAACAGCACAGAGAAACCUACCGCCAGCAACAGGAAGCCCGGGUCAUAGUGCAGAGGUCUCCAUGGGGCAUCCUUCGCUUGGGUCUGCUGGGCAAACCUCUGACCUCCUACCACCUGCCGUACCAGAGGCCUUUGCCCUUGCCCAUCUUCACACCGGCCAAGCUAAGCGCCAGGGAGCUCACCCCGACCCCCUCAGAGUCUGUGGAGUCCUUGCCGGCGGCCGGCGUGUGUCUCGACAAGAAAUCUGUGGCCGAGAUCACCAAAGAGCUGCCCCUGGUCAUCCAGCCCACCUGCCCCGACUUCAAGAAAGGCUUGCCCCGGUCCUUCUCCCGUUCCAUGUCUCAGGAUGCCCAGAGAGGCUGAGCGUACGGGACCCUUCCCCAGCGCAAGGACUUUCCUUCGGGAACUGGCUUGGAUGCCUCGGGGGUGGUGGCCCCCCACAUCUGUUGCUGCAUGAGGACAAUCCGAAGGGGCCCAGGCACAUAGAAAAGGUUUGGUAGGAUCGAAGCCACCUUGAUGACUCCAAUGGAGAACUCUUGGGGGUGGGGGCAAGGACUAGGACUAGGACUAUCUCUGUGUGUGAAUGUAUAUAUUAGAUGUACAGCAUCCUGCACUUCUGCCACCAGUGCUUUCCUUUCUGCACCGUGCAUUGCGGUGGUGUUUAUUUUAUUUUAUUUUUAAAAAAGGACUACCUCCCCAGGGAGAGUUAGGGAGAGCCCCCGAAUUAAAGGAGAGAGAAAAAGAAAACAACGAGAAUGUCAUGCACAAAGCAGCUCAUGGAGCUCAAGGGCCCUCCUCCCUGUGGUUUCACAUAGCUGGGUGAAACAUAUUUGCAGAUAGAUGGUGAUGGGAGCCCUGCUUCACGAGCUUAGCAGGAGAGAGCGAGGGUUCCUUGCAGAAAGAAGAGGAAGGUUGAAGGGUUAGCGGCAAGUGAGAGAG